UGCUUUGGGGCUUUACUCUUGAUAGCGUAACCAUCAGUUUUUCUGGAAUCUUCUUUAUCAGAUUGUCUUCUUGUGUGGCAAGCACAUAAACUUAGAUUGAAUAACGUUCAAAAGCAUCACUGAGUCACACAUCCGAAAUAAUUUCCCUGGAAUCACCCCUUCAGAACUGUCACAGCGGAUCGGGGAAUGGCCCAUGAUUUGCGUCACCUGAGCGAUUACUUUUGUGUCCGACUUGCAGCGGCACGGCUCAGAUAACGGGGCAAACCCUGAGAAAGUGCAUGUAUUUUGUUGGUCGAGGAAUGCUCAGAGAGAUGCGGAGAGUGAAGGGAGGGCGUGGCCAUCGCUGAUUAAGUUGUCUGUCUGUUGGUCGUCUACCUCGCUCCCGACGACGCUUUCCAGGUUCAUUGGGUUAGCCGCAAGUGGCGCCAAGAUCUGUUCUGUGCGAGAUUGAAGGCUAGGGUGUGUAAGGGGAGACCAUUUGUGAGGGGUUGAUUUGCGCCUCCGACGUUGCGAAUCUUUAUAAUUUGCUCGCUUUUCGUUUGUGGCCUCCCCUUUCCUUCGUCCAUGCCUUUGCCGCUAAGUUAACCUCUUUGUCGCUCAGGUUCUGCUGCACACCCGUACGUUGGCCACUGUAGGCAGGUCAAGCACAUGCAAGGAGGUGUACCACAUUGCGCAGCUGAUAAUCUUGUGUGCGACGAAGCUCGGGUGUGAGUCUGCCAGAUACCCUGUGUGGUGAGGAGGAUCCGGCAUUGGUACCUCCGCUAUCACAGUUGAUAAACCCUCAAUCAUGUUCUUGGUGCUUCAUAAUUUUGCAAUUUUUUUUCCGGUCUUGAACCAUCCUUAAGUCAAGCAUGAGGAAGGUUCACAGCGCUAUCUGCCUAGUUGCAUUCGUGACUUGCAACAAUUUCUGCCCCUAAUCACAGGUCGAUGGUGUUCUUUCUCCGUCUCGAGCGAAGUUAUCACGUGACCGCCCAAGAAAUAGGUAAGACAUUAUGAGUGCUUGUGAAGUCAUAGCAAAGUUUGGUUCAGAUUCUUUCACAGCCACUCGGGCUUGUCUCGCGCAUCAUCCUCAGAUUCUAAACCCGUUCCUGAGAUUAUCAGACCUUGAGAUGCGGAAAGAUUCAGAUGAUCUAAUCGAAAAGUUAUAAAUUCAAGGGUCGAGUCUCAAGCUGUACUCGUGUGUGUCGUGACGAUAGUGAUAUCCUCCUGACGUGCAUUCUUGGGGCUAUAAGACUGUGUAGCGCGCAAUGUGUAGAUAUUGUACACGUUCUGAUUCACAGCGACUAUGAUCUUGCUGUGGAAAAACCGCUAUAUUUAGGGUAUUGUUGAACUUCUUAUUUGACUUGUUGCAUGAGCACUAGAGGGUUUUCGAAUUUCUCUAGGGAGCAUUCGAAGAAAAUGAGGAUCAGAAAGCUAUCUCGGCAGUUACCUGCAUGUCGAGAUUCUUUUCUACCAUGCGUUUUUCAAGACGGAGGCUGCAACAAGCGUGUAGAUUUGGAGGUGCGUAAUGGGGGAACAUCUUUCUCGGAGAUAGCCGGAGUGAUGGACUUCAGAGAACAAUUAGUCGUGAGCGCUAUGGCACCGCGAAUCAUCGACCACGCCAUAUCUGACCUUGAUGCGAUUGAUAUAUCAAGGAUGUCAGAGGUGAUGCAAUCUGGCCAGUUGCAGCAACGGCAUGUCCAGGAUAUUCCUGAGUGGGUACCAUGGACCAAAGUGCAGGACCAGUACAAGUGCAAGCUGCCAGGAAGAAGACAGAGUGACACAUUGAUUUGCAGAUCUGAACGCCUCAACUUUGUAGAAAAGGCACAGGAGGCCUUGGUACAUGGCCUAUCUUCAAGUCCAUCCAUGGACAGAGAGUUUACGAAUGUCGAUCAGAUGCACCAGUGUGACCGAGCAUUGUAUUCAGGAAGCUACAUGCAAGAUGAUGAAGAAGAAGAAGAUGACGAUGGUAAUCCCUCAAGACAUUAUGUGCGAAGGAAUGGCAUUCGAGACGGGAGAGAUGGCGUAACUCCAAUUCAAUCUGAGGAAAAUACCCCAGGUGAAGACAAAAUUGCUGCAAUUCCCAAGAUAGAUCUGUGUGUUAAUGAUCAGUUACUCAACUCACAGAAGAAGACCAACUUUCGUUCUCCAGAAAUAGCUCGAAACGCAAACUUACCAAGAUCAGCCAUACCCUGCAUUAGCAAUGAAGACGGCGAUCAUCCGUCAAUGGAACCAGAAGGAUCAUUGCUGCACUCACUCUACUUGCAGCUGCUGGCAGCUGGCCGGGAGGGCAUGUCAUUGCGGGGUCUAUUUUCCAGUUUUGCAACUCAGACAUCGUUGCCCAGGUUAGCGCACAAUUGGAGGGAGCAAGUGAAAGCUCACUUGAAAAAUGGUCCUUAUUUUGAAGAAGUGAAGGGACGAUAUCUCCUGUGCGAAUUUCUUGUUCAACCGUCUUCAAAGAGAUCAUCCAAGAGAAAGCAGUUCUGUGAAAGCCCUGGUGUACAGACUCGGAGGAAAGCAUUCCAGAAGACAUUUGAGACGAAUCUUUGUGAGUCUGCAACAGACUUUCAAAAACAGCAACAUGAGGACAGUGGUGGACUUGUUGCUCCGAGCCCAUCUAUGCCGACAGAAUCCACCGAAUCAGAUCUGGACAGGGCAGGGCCAACACAUGCCAAAUCCAAAUCUGUGCCAAAUCGAUCUUUCAAGAGCAGGAAGUCCAGGACAGGGGAUGAAGACUUGCAAAUUCAACGGAACAUCCGAUUUAGGGGCGCUAUCCCAGGCUCUCUGAAGGCCAUGCAAGCCAGAAUCAUAGCAGAAACUGGAGUACAAGAUGGUAUUAGGUGUGCCAGGAAGGAUGGGAGCAAUGACUCCUCGAAAUGGCAGUGCCCCAUGAUGGCCAUGGAGGGUCACACGCUUUGUGAACACCACAGCUUUUUAAAUGAAAGGAAGAGAGCUCGAUGUGCUAAAGCCAGAAAACAUCAUGGUGACAGCUUUACAGGGAAAUCACGGAAAAGUCGAAAAACAAAGCCGGCGGCCUCAGAAGCACCAAGAAAGGAUUACACAAUGCAUGAUGUGCACAGUCCUUCGACUCCCGAACCAGAACUUUCCAAAAGUGAUGACGAUGACCUUGCAGGGCUUGAUGAGGUUGCCAGCCAGGCUUUAUUAACCAUGAAGAGGGACAUUCUUGCUGUUGAUAUUUUGACCCAGGAGAAGUUAGCAUGCACGCCAAACCCCAACUCUACAGGGACAGAGGUGGGCAAAGCAAGGUUAGUCAAUGACGAACCCAACCGAGCUUCUAGUAAGCUGAACGUGGGACAAUUCUUCGCAAGAUCACCGACAGGACGGUUCAUAGCAGCCAAGAAGACGGCAGUAAAAAUUCCUGCUCACUCUGUUGAGACUGAGACAUCACUUGAGAAAUCGAACUCACCCUCAAUACGCCCCCCUGCCAUUCCACCUUUACCUGCAUUCUAUGGAGCGAGAAGGAAGACCGUGAAGAACAGGUCACUGUUGUCUAUCAACUGAUCAAUCAAGAGUUAAAAUCUGUGCGCAAGGCAUUCAGUAAUCCUGACUGAUAAGGCAAUUUGCACUGCCCAUUUAUAGUUCUCUCUGAGAUGGACUGCUUUUACGGUUUUUCUACAACGAUUUUGCAGAUUCCUAGUGUGGAGAUGGCUUUCACUACCUUGACUUUGGAUGUAAGUUUGUAAGCAUGAAAUGAAUUUUAGAACAUGUGGCUUCCUUUCUUAUUCCCUUCAAAA